UUGCACUGCAGGAAUGAAGACGAUGGCUUCUGAAUUUGCAUUCGUUUUUAUUCUUUUUCUUCAAAUCGCAAAUUUAGCUUAUGGAGAUAGUUGUGGAAAUCGACUGUACAACCCUAGGCUUGAUGUUUGUUGCAACGGAGUUGUAAAUAGGCGAGCACUGGGCACAAGCUGUUGUGGUACUAUGGCAUACAACUCGGAUUUUGACCUUUGCUGUAACGGAGUUGUGACUAGAAACAGAAAGGGCGCAAGUUGCUGUGGAACUAGAGCCUAUAACUCGGAUUUCGAUGCUUGCUGCAACGGGUUUGUAACUCGGAACAGGAAGGGAGCGAGUUGUUGUGGAACAAGAGCGUAUAACUCAGAUUUCGAAAUUUGCUGUGACGGGUUUGUAAAUAACCGAGCCAGAGGCACAAGCUGCUGUGGAACUACUGCUUACAACUCUAAAUUCAACAAAUGCUGCAAUGGAUUUAUUUGUUAAAUAAAGGCUGUUAAAUGCCCUC